AUGAGAACAGCAUUUUUCGCCGGGCAACUACGAAACCCAUCCUCUCAUCGCUUCCUCAGGGGCUUGCCUCUAACCGAACAUCCAUGGCUUCCCUUCUCCACCUCCGCCAGCCAAACCCCACAAGACCACGCGGCUAAGCCAGGAUCCGCCGGCGGUCCAGCUCCGAAGAGCAAAUUCUAUUCCCCGGCUGCUUCCCCCAACGGAGGUGACGAUGUGAUCCUCUCGAACAUGAUGAUCACCAGCUACGUCCGAUCCGGUGACCUGGAUGCUGCUCUCGGCGUGUUCCGCAACAUGUCCGUCAGAACAACGGUCACAUGGAACUCGAUCUUGGCCGGCUACUCGAAGUUGCGCGGGAGAUUGAGAGAUGCCCAGGAGGUGUUUGUGAAAAUUCCCCAACCAGAUACCGUCUCCUACAACACCAUGUUGGCGUGCUACGUCAACAGCUCUGACAUGGAAGCGGCUCUAGGCUUCUUCAAUCGAAUCCCUCGCAAGGAUGCAGCUUCUUGGAACACGAUGAUAACCGGGCUAGCCCGGAAUCAGCGAAUGGAGGAAGCGGGGAAGUUGUUCUCUGCAAUGCCGUCGAGAAAUGUUGUUACUUGGAACGCUAUGAUUUCUGGGUAUGUUGAGUGUGGGGAGUUGGAUAGAGCGGUGAAGCUUUUCGAAACUGCGCCGGUUAAGAGCGUGGUUGCUUGGACGGCGGUGAUAACUGGGCACAUGAAGCUUGGGAGUAUUGAAACUGCAGAGAAGUUGUUCUGGGAAAUGCCGGAGAAGAACUUGGUCACAUGGAACACAAUGAUUUCUGGUUAUGUCGAGAAUUCUAGAGCUGAAGCUGGUGUGAAGCUGUUCAAGAAAAUGAUGGCCGGCGGUGUUAGUCCAAAUCCUUCAACCUUGAGCAGUGUUUUGUUGGGAUGUAGCGAGUUAUCUUCUCUGCAAUUGGGUAAGCAAGUUCAUCAGCUAGUGUGUAAAUCACCACUGCAUAUCGAUACAACAGCAGGGACCUCGUUGAUCAGCAUGUACUGUAAAUGUGGAGCUCUGGAAGAUGCCAAGAAGCUGUUUGUAGAAAUGCCCAGAAGAGAUCUCGUCACGUGGAAUGCCAUGAUUUCAGGUUAUGCUCAGCACGGAGCAGGCGAACUAGCUCUUAGUUUGUUUGACGGAAUGAGGAAAGCUGGGAUUAGUCCAGACGGGAUAACCUUUGUUGCAGUUUUGCUAGCUUGCAACCAUGCUGGAUUACUCGAUCUAGGGACAGACUACUUCAAUUCGAUGAGGAAGGAUUACGGGGUUGAACCAAAACCGGAUCACUAUAGUUGUAUGGUCGAUCUUCUUAGUCGAGCUGGUAAGCUUGAUGAAGCUGUAGACUUGAUCAAGAAAUCGCCAUUCAAGCCUCAUCCGGCUAUAUAUGGAACCCUUUUGGGUGCCUGUAGGAUACACAAGAACACCAAAAUUGCCGAAUUUGCUGCAAAGAACCUACUCGAUCUUGACCCGACGAGUGCAGCUGCCUACGUUCAACUCGCCAAUGUCUAUGCUGCAACGAACAAGUGGAAUGAUGUUGCCAGGGUCCGUCAGUUGAUGAAUCGGAGCAACGUGGUGAAGACACCUGGGUACAGUUGGAUUGAUGUGAAGAACAUAGUCCAUGAGUUUAGAUCCGGGGAUAGAAUUCAUCCACACUUGGGUUCGAUACACGAGAAGCUAAACGAGUUAGAGGAAAAGAUGAAGCUGGCCGGUUACGUCCCUGAUCUUGAAUGUGCAUUGCAUGAUGUUGGGGAAGCCGAGAAAAAGCAGUUGUUGCUGAGGCACAGUGAGAAGCUCGCCAUUGCAUAUGGGCUGAUGAAGCUACCGCCAGGAGUUCCUAUUCGGGUGUUCAAGAACUUGAGGAUCUGUGCGGAUUGCCAUCGCGCAGCAAAGUGUAUUUCAGAAAUCGAAAAGAGGGAGAUAAUCGUGAGGGACACUACGAGGUUUCAUCAUUUCAAAGAUGGAUCUUGCUCUUGUAGGGAUUACUGGUAG